GUCUUCUUAUGCUAUUAGCGUACGGCUGGCUCCCGACAGCGGUCGGAGCGUCGGUCCCUCCGAGUCGGUGGCCGGCGUCCGCACGGUGAGGGUGGCAGCCCGCUCCACUUCAGUCCAACGUAACCCACAACACUAGCAAAAUGGGCUUCGACGCGAAGGGCUUUGCUCAGGACUUUAUCGCCGGUGGCGUUGCCGCGGCCAUUUCCAAGACCACCGUGGCGCCCAUCGAGCGCGUCAAGCUGCUGCUGCAGGUCCAGCACACUUCCAAGCAGAUUGCCGAGUCCCAGCGAUACAAGGGCAUGGUCGACUGCUUUGUGCGGAUCCCGCGUGAGCAGGGCUUCCUCAGCUUCUGGCGUGGCAACCUCGCCAACGUCAUCCGGUACUUCCCGACCCAGGCGCUCAACUUCGCCUUCAAGGACAAGUACAAGCAGAUCUUCCUUGGCGGCGUCGACAAGAACCAGUUCUGGCGGUACUUCCUGGGUAACCUGGCGUCCGGUGGCGCCGCCGGAGCCACCUCGCUGUGCUUCGUGUACCCGCUCGACUUCGCCCGUACCCGGCUGGCCGCUGAUGUCGGCACCGGUGGCAAGCGCGAGUUCACUGGUCUCGGCGACUGUCUGAUCAAGAACUUCAAGUCCGACGGUCUUGUAGGCCUGUACCGUGGCUUCGGAGUGUCCGUGCAGGGCAUCAUCAUCUACCGUGCCUCCUACUUCGGCUUCUUCGACACCGCCAAGGGCAUGCUGCCCGACCCCAAGAAGACCCCGAUCGUCGUGUCGUGGGCCAUUGCCCAGACUGUGACGACCGUGGCCGGCAUCAUCUCGUAUCCGUUCGACACCGUCCGGAGGCGCAUGAUGAUGCAGUCGGGCCGCAAGGGCGCCGACGUCAUGUACAAGAGCACCAUCGACUGCUGGCGCAAGGUGGCUGCCCAGGAGGGCGGCGGUGCCUUCUUCAAGGGCGCCUUCUCCAACGUUCUCCGUGGCACUGGCGGCGCUCUGGUACUGGUGCUGUACGACGAGCUCAAGUCGGUCAUGUUCGGCUAGAGGGCGACGCUCAACAUACAACUAGGAGUCAGGGAUCCGUUUCCACUAGCUGCACAGCUCCACACGCCGCGUCUCACUGUCGUUUCACUGAGCCGACCAACGUCAAACCAGGAGGUAGCCAUCACCGGUGCACACGGAAUCCGGCCGCGCCCCGGCCCAGAUCGACUGGCGGACCUACACCAGCCGGUGCACAUUCCGUGUACUAUCACCAACCGACUCCGCCGUGCCAGCCUCGCCUGUCCGAGCCAGCCGAUCAACCGAUGUGCAAUACAAUCAUCAUGUUGAUAUG